AUGCCUAAAUUUACGGGUAAAGGUUACGGCAAACGCAAGAAAGUAGUGGAAAAGCCGGAAAUCGACGAUCAUCAAUUUGAUAUUGCUCUCCAUUAUAAUCAUACUGUAACCAAUCAUCAUCAACAUCCUGUAGAUGAUCCAUCGUAUCCUGUUAAAAAAAAUAAAAUUCGUCAUUGCUGGUCGGCGAUCGAUUUCGAUCAUCAUCCUCAACAAAAUCAUCUCCAUGUCGACAGUAUACAAAGCGAAGCCAAAGUACCUGAUCAACACCAUUUGAUCACGACACAACAACAGCAGCAACAACCACAACCACCGCCAGCCAAGUUAGUUAGAAAGUCCAGCAAGCAAUUUGUAUCCAUUAAGAAGCAAUUGAGUCGAGAUAUCAAUGACAAAGAUCAACUUGUAAGUAGUAAAAAUUGCAAUGAAAGCAGUGAAGAACGACACGAUUUAAAUGAUAGUCGAGAAACGGAUAAAAGUGAAAGUGAGGAAAGUACGUGGAAUAGUACUCAAGAAUGGCUCGAUAAUACAACACCUGAUUUCGAUAAUUUAUUGAAGGAGCCUAUGACACGUACACUAUCAGGAACAAGCAAUGAUUCUUUAAUCAGUUGCAAUCAUAGCCAAAAAGUAGGCAAUAAAGUCAAGGUUAAAAAGGGCAGUAAAGAGGAUUAUACUAUUAUCAAACAUGUCAGAGAAAGUCAUCAGUGCCUAGAACAAGGAGAAGAUGAGCAGUUAGCUGAUGAUAUUGAAUAUCUACUGGAUGGAUUGAAUCCAUCGUAUCCUAAAAAUCUCCGUUGCUCGAGUAUUACAGCACUAGCCAAGAGAUGCACAGAGUCUCCUUUUCGUAUGUAUAUUAGAGCACACGAAAUUAUACCCAAGAUACUAGAUCUAUUGGUCGAUAGUCCAAGUGAUUACCAAUUAGCAACGUAUACAGCAGCCUUAUUUUUCGUCUUAAGUGAAGAUCGUCUUAUUAUGGACCUUACUGAUGAUCUACUUGAUGUAUUACUAAAGUUACUACAGUGUCCAAAUCAGGACCAUAAUGAUACUAACGACGCUAUCUUGAAAAGUUCUUUGCAAAAUAUUAGUUUGUCAUGCAAAGAUUACUUAAAAGCACAUGUUGACUCCUUAAACGGGAAAGCCUUGGCUCUGGCAUGUAUCUUCAAUUUGGUAUGCAGUCGGAAUGCUGUUUGGCUAAAGGAUAAAGUCAGAAGUAUUGGAAUAUUAGAUGUUAUAUGUGAUCUCGUUAUCGAUCACAAAUAUAAUCUUGAAAUGAAUCCCAAAGCAAAUAGAAUUAUUGUUUUACGAGAAGUAGAAUUAUGCUGUCGUAUACUGGAGACGGUGACAUUUUUAAACAAAGAGAAUCAAGAUUAUGUUAUCGGAUGGAAGGGUUACACGUUAGUGGGAAAUGUAUCAAGGAUAUUUUCCUUGUGUGUUGAGAAGAUAAUGUCACAAGAUAAGAAUACUGCAAUUAAUGAAGAUUCAGCCUGCUUAUUAGCGUCCGUACGCUUACUUCUCAACAUAACUCACGAGAAUGAAAUCGGGUGUAAGCAAGUAGGUCGUGAUAAAUCAACAAUAAAAGCAGCUAUGGAAUGUAUUGAUGAGAUCCAUGAAAAAGUUGACGAUGUUCGCCGCUUUGAUCUAGUCAUUUUGGCUCUAGGGUUACUUAUUAAUUUAGUUGAAUCCAACAAAGAAAGCAGAGCUGCAGCUUUAAGGCUAAAGGUAAAGGACCGAGGCUUGAUACAAAUUGUUAUUGAAUUAUUCUUACAUCGGGAAAAAACUGCGGAAGAAACCUCUGAAAAAAUUACUUCCACGAUCGAUGACAGCGAGAAUAAAACCGACGAUCUAGACGUUAGUUUGAAUUCAGAAAUUCAAGUUUUACACGCUCAAGCGGGAUCACAUUUCGAGAAUAGCGUAGUUGCAUCAUAUGCAGCACUCCUUACUGGUUUACUAAUCAUGGAUGACAACAAUGCUAUUAUGGAAGCCAGACAUUACCUUCCAAACCGUAAAUAUGACAAAUUGAUUGCUAUGUUGGAAAAAUUCUUAUCCUUCCUAAAAUUAGUGCAUAACCAUAAGCGACGACAACGGCGAGUUUCAAUGACUGUCAGCAAAUGGACUUUUACUGGCUGA